UAUAUAUAUAUGCCUAUUGUGCUGUUUCCGUGGCGGCACAAUGCGAUAAGCUUCUGAGUCGUGGUGAGCCUCAAACUGAUAUAUUCAAAACAGUUUUUUCCUCUUAAUCCCAGACACUUCCCAGGGUGUGGUGUGCUAAACUUUCAUUCUUUCUUAUAUCAGUCCCCAGCACACUGUGAGAAGCUUCUGAGUCAUUGCAAGCCUCAAACUGAACCAUGUUCUCUGCAGUAACAAGUUUUUCUUUUUUGUUGCUUCCUUGUUUUGGUGCCCUUGGUCUGCCUUGCUGCCCUUGGUCUGCCUUGCUGCCCUUAGUCUGCCUUGCUACCCUUGGUCUGCCUUGCUGGAAAAAAUAAAUGAAUAAAUUCUAAACGCAGCACAAGGAAGUUUUGUUGUAAUAUUUUAUGUUGGGUUCAGGAGCUUACCAACUCAUUCAGCACCAGCUCAUUUACCACUUAUUUAGUAUUUCAUUUAUCACCACUGUCACUGUAACUCCUGUGUGUGUGUGUGUGUGUGUGUGUGUUGGUGUGUGCAUCAGACUGCAAUUUAGGGACAGUUUAUGAGUGAGCAUUUGGGCGGUGUGUUAUGGUGACCAACUAUAGUCUUGUUUCAUUCCAUCUGUCCACCAACAAAGCGGAACUUUUGACAGAUGUGGCACCUGUGCCUCCUUGAAUACAUGAAAAUCAGCUCUUGAAAUAGAUACCCAAGCUGAUUUUUCAAUGAUAUAUAUGAAUGUUUAUGUAUACAAAAUAAAACCACUCAGUCUUUAUAAAUCGCAAACAUUCUGAUCUGCAUGGAUAAUACAGCAUACAAGCUCACAAAAAACAACCUUGUAUCAAACAGUGUAGACAGGUCCUACUCGAGCGAUCUAUUGCUUUUCAAAUGCCUAUAAUUCUUUUCAUUUCAGGUUCAUUAACCCGUUUGCUGUGAUUGGCACGGAUUUCGCCUUCACUGGUAGCCUGGUAGCAUAUACUCCCAGGUCCUUCUCUGCCUCUGUGGUGGGUAGUGGAGUGUUUCCCAUGUGGUAUUGGUGUGCUGGAUAUCCCUUCACUGGUAGCCUGGUAACAUAUACUCCCAGGUCCUUCUCUGCCUCUGUGGUGGGUAGUGGAGUGUUUCCCAUGUGGUAUUGGUGUGCUGGAUAUCCCUUCACUGGUAGCCUGGUAACAUAUACUCCCAGGUCCUUCUCUGCCUCUGUGGUGGGUAGUGGAGUGUUUCCCAUGUGGUAUUGGUGUGCUGGAUAUCCCUUCACUGGUAGCCUGGUAACAUACACUCUCAGGUCUUUCUCUGCCUCUGUGGUGGAUAGUGGAGUGUUUCCCAUGUGGUAUUGGUGUGCUGGAUAUCCCUUCACUGGUAGCCUGGUAACAUACAGUCCCAGGUCUUUCUCUGCCUCUGUGGUGGGUAGUGGAGUGUUUCCCAUGUGGUAUUGGUGUGCUGGAUAUCCCUUCACUGGUAGCCUGGUAACAUACACUCCCAGGUCUUUCUCUGCCUCUGUGGUGGGUAGUGGAGUGUUUCCCAUGUGGUAUUGGUGUGCUGGAUAUCCCUUCACUGGUAGCCUGGUAACAUACACUCCCAGGUCUUUCUCUGCCUCUGUGGUGGGUAGUGGAGUGUUUCCCAUGUGGCAUUGGUGUGCUGGAUAUCCCUUCACUGGUAGCCUGGUAACAUACACUCCCAGGUCUUUCUCUGCCUCUGUGGUGGAUAGUGGAGUGUUUCCCAUGUGGUAUUGGUGUGCUGGAUAUCCCCUCCCAAGGUGCAGGACUUCACAUUUUUCUUCAUUGAAUUGUAGCAGCCACUUUUUGUUCCAUUCCUGUAGCUUGGUGAUGUCUUCUGGUAGGAAAUCCACAGUUCAGGGCUCAGGGACCAUGGAUAUCAACCUACAAUCAAAUAUAAGUUAUUCAUGUAACAAUAUUUUUUGUGUAAGUUGAUCUUGCUGCAUACAGAGUGACAUUUGGUUGCUUUGUACAGAUGCACGGCUGUCCUGAAGCAUUGGCAGAAGGAAUGCCCGGCCAGGCACCUACCCCACACAAACACCCUGCCUGGAGGAGGCUGCCAUGCUGGGGCUGACUGACAUGACGGACUGUUAAGGUCCUUGCUGUUGAUGAUGUGUGUGCUGUGGAGCUGACCAAUCCUUCAGGUCCUUGCUGUUGACGGUAUGUGUGCUGUGGAGCUGACCAGCGCUUGCCAUGAGGGAACAACACAGCAGUGGUUUAUAUUAAUGUUUAUAUAAUGUACUGACGGGAGGAAAGUCUUAAAUAACCAGCUCUGGGGUCAGUUUUUAUUAUUGUUCUUAAGUGACAAAGAAAUGUAAAUCAAUCCUGUAAACUCUGCAUACCCAUAGCAGGUCUUUCCCAGAGUAUCUCAAAAAGCAUAGACAACUUAACCAGGGAUUGAAAUGUCCUCCUUAUGCUGGAUAUAUGUAGAUCAGCAUGGAUGUGUGGAUCAGAUGGAUAUGUAGAUCAUGCUAAGUAAGGGUUGUAUAUGGGAGUGUCCUGCAUGUGUGUGUGAGCACACAGUGACUCACACACACAGCCUUCAGGGGAGGACGCAGGAUCUCCCUUCCAUCACACUCUUUCUCCUCAACAUUCCCAAACAAGGUCUCCUCAAGAAGCAAGGGUACUAAUAAUCUCAGGAAAUUAUUACAGAACUUUUAUUUUCACUUACAGAGCCAGAUGUCUUUUUACAUACCUGGAAAGUGAUGAAUUACUUGUAUAUAUAUGGUCAUGGUAGUAGAAGAAGCUGUGGUAGUAGUAGUAGCAUAAAUAACAGUAGAAGUAGUAGUAACAGCAGCAGUAAUAAUAUUCGUAUUGGUAGAGUGAAACCAUUUUAGUAAGUCCAUUAGGCUUGUGCAGGUCCUUUCCUCCCCUGCCACGCAGUCCUGUCAUGUGUUGUCGACAGGAAGUGUUGUGGCAGAGCAGAGGGCAGGAAGGCACCUGCAGGAGUGAAGGCCUCAAAGGACUCACUAAAAUGGUUUCACUCUAGUAAUAACCCAAGUUGAUGUUUUGCAUCUAUGUGGGUUGAAUUUACUUACUGGUGGUCUGGAAAUUGACUGCUCUCUCUCUCUCUCUCUCUCUCUCUCUCUCUCUCUCUCUCUCUCUCUCUCUCUCUCUCUCUC